UUGAUUUUGCUCAAAAUUGAGCAACAGCAUUACGGAAAACAAAAGUGGCCAAUCAUCACCGCUCUCUGUGUGUUUUUCUUGAAUAAUUCUGGUGAAAAAUGGCCCUCGCCGACGUGUGUGGUCUCAAGUUGACCUCCUUCGACUCCCCGUCCGUCCUAAAGUUCAGUGGCACUGAGAAAUUGUGCGAAAAUUGGGAAAAUCCACUGCAACUUGCAGUGCCUCCGUAUGAGAAUCCCGCGGAGAAUCUAGCCAAACUCCAAGACUACGGAGCAUCCACGGGCAUUAAGAUUGACUUUGACCAUGGCACAACGACACUGGGAUUCCGCUUUGAGAAAGGUGUCAUCCUGGCUGUGGAUUCCCGUGCCACCGGCGGCCAGUUUAUCGGCUCGCAGAACAUGAAGAAGAUCGUGGAAAUCAAUGAGUAUCUUCUGGGCACUCUGGCAGGAGGAGCUGCUGAUUGCGUGUACUGGGAUCGUGUGCUGGCAAAGGAGUGUCGCCUCCAUGAAUUGCGCAACCGAGAGCGCAUCUCUGUGGCUGCGGCCAGUAAGAUCAUGGCCAACAUCAUCUUCAACUACAAGGGAAUGGGGCUCAGUAUGGGAAUGAUGUUGGCGGGAUACGAUAAGAGAGGGCCUGGACUCUACUACAUCGACUCCGAGGGCAGCAGGACUCCCGGCAAAGUCUUCUCUGUGGGCAGUGGAUCAGUUUACGCCUACGGAGUCUUGGAUUCUGGCUAUAAGUGGGAUCUGAAAGAGGAGGAGGCGUACGAGCUCGCUCGCCGGGCCAUUUACCACGCCACCCACAGGGAUGCGUACUCUGGAGGCAUCAUCCGAGUCUACCACAUGACCAAGGACGGCUUCAUCCACAUCAGCGAUGAGGAUUGCAUGGAUCUCCACUACAAGUAUCAGGAGGAGAAGCUCCAGAAGUACGGCCCGUAGGUUAAUGUGAAAUCCAAUAUUUUCUACAAUAAAAUUAUUCUAUCUUG